UUAAAUAAAGAGAGCUGUCUGAACCUGGAGCUGCAGUUCACCCCCUUCCAGCUUUACCACAAAGAAGUGCAGUGUGGAGAUGGAUGCAGUGAGACAGCGUUUCUGCUCAGUGGUCAUGACCAGAGGAUUCGUCUUUACAAGGAGAACUCUUCCUUUCACCAAUUUGAAGAGCAGCCGGUAGAGAGACUCAUCCCUGAGCUACCCAGCAAGGUGUUGUGGCUGGAUGUGCUGAGUAUCCCUGGCGGUCGUCGUCUCUCGGCCAGCUGUCAGAACAGCUGCGUGGGCCUGGCUCUGGUGGACCAGACUGUACCUGGUACGAGAGCUGAGUUAAAAGUACGCAAAAGUACGCCCUUCCUGCAGGCUCAUCCUGACAUGACCCUCCAGCAUGAGAAUGCCACCAGCCAUACUGCUCGUUCGUGGUCCAGGCACUUUCUAGUCUACGGUCAGUACAUUGUGUUCUCAGGGAUGUCCAGGAGUAUAGUGUGA